AUGGUUCACUCUUCAGAUGCUGAGAUUCGAGUUUAUUUACGAGAGAAUUCGAACCGAAAGAUACCGUUUGUUACACCCACUGCAUCGAAGCCAUUGAAAAUGAUAGACACGCUCAUUGGCGUGUGGCCACAAUGGAUCGCUUGUAUGACAGUCACCCUGUUGUCCGUCACUUUUGGAAUGGUGAUUGGCUGGACGUCUCCUUACUUAGCCCAAUUGACCAGCGACGAAGGAUUAUUCUUCGUGACAGAGAAGGAGGCAUCGUGGGUCGCCUCUUUGAUGCCAUUCGGACGGAUGAUUGGUUCCACCGUGGGUGCAAUUAUUAUGGAAUAUCACGGCAGUAAAAUGGCCCUUUUUUCAGCCGGGCUGCCAAACAUCAUAGGUUGGAUUUGCAUAAUAUUCGCCAAUUCGGCUGGAUGGCUUUACGUGUCUAGAAUGUUUGCAGGCACUUCCAUCGGGAUCUUCUUCUGCUGUUUUCCCCUGUACAUCGGGGAAAUAGCAGCGGCGAAUAUACGCGGAGCGUUGGUCAGCGUUAUAAUGAACGGGAUACCGAUUGGAACGCUGUUGGGCAACGUAAUGGGCACUCAAAUGUCGAUAAUGUGGUUCGGAAUAAUCAGUUUAAUUCUGAAUAUGUGUUAUGUCAUGAUUUUCCCGGCACUCCCUCACACGCCCUACUAUUACGUGCAUCGCAACAAUAUAGAGGAGGCAAAAAAAACGAUUCAAUGGUAUCAUAGAAGAUCGAUCAUUGGAGUGGAACUCGAAGUGAUCGGUAGUUACGUCCAAGGCGCCAACGCCAUGAACUUGCGCGAGAAACUCGAGCAAAUGAAAAAGAAGAAACGGGUGUUCGGCAUAGUGCUGCUAUUGUUCAUCAUCAUGCAACUCAGCGGAUAUACCACUGUCAUUUUUUACAUGGAGAUUAUAACGACCAAAGCGAAAGUGACGUUGAUAGCACCGCAGAAUGUCGUGAUUAUCGCCGGUGCACUAGGCAUAAUAUUCGGUUGGAUCAGCGUGAUUCUGAUCGAUCGAUCCGGCAGAAGAAUCCUCGUAGCAAUGUCCUGCUGCGGCGUAAUCACCGCGAUGGUGCUUUUGAUAUUACAUUUUACGCUGGUGGAUCUGGAGUACGAUCCAAAAAGUAGCGAGUGGAUGACAAUACUCGCUAUGAUGUUUUUCAUGACGUUGGCCCUUGGUUUGGUACCUGUUCCGAACACGUUGCUCGGCGAACUUUUCCCCCGCGAUCUAAGGAGCAUCGCCGGUUUUAUCGCCAGCUUCACUUCCGCUUUAUUUGCAUUCAUCUGUAGCGUAACUUUUCAUCCGAUGGUCACAGCGUUUUCCGAGAAAUCUGUGUUCAUUUGUUACGCAUUGGUGAUGAUUGGCGGUCUGGCAUUCUCGCUCACCUGCGUACCGGAAACCAAAGGAAAAACCUUGCAGGAAAUACAAGAAAUGAUGGACAAUCGGAAUCAACGAGGACAAGAGACGGCAAUAGAGAGCAGUUUGUAUGAAAAUGAAACAUGACAUUAAAGAAUCAACGAUCUCAAUAAUUAAGCAAUGUUUUUUUUACAAACGAC